AUGUCCAAGCGUGCCGCAUCUAAUGACAAUGCACCCACUCCAAAGGGCAUCAAAAUUAAUGACGGGAAUCUGACAGCACCACUGGCGGAUAAGCAUGCAUGGGCAAUUUUGGAGCAGUUCCUUAUGACGGACAUGAUGUAUGCUCAGAUGGAAGAAGCCCUUUCAUUGUACCUCAGCAAUCGAUAUUCUGAGGACGAUUGGAAGGAAUCCCGAGAUGCACUAUUUUCCGGUGACGGCGAUGACAACCUCGCUUUGAGAAAUCUUUGUGCUGUGAAGGCAAAGCACAUACCCUCGGUGUCUGCUUCCAGUGAUUCUUCCGUGGCCGACGGACCGUCCAGUGCGCGCGUCCAAAGUUUGCAUAGACCAGCCAAAUUAAAAAAUCCCUACCUCGAUCUGGCCGCAGAGGAGGGGGAGGAUGAUGACGAGGAGGAGGAUGACCACGACCAUAACGGCCCCUCUGGGCCGUGGAAGGUUACAUCCUUGCCAGGAUUAUCAUUGGCCGCUAGGUUUGCCACGGCCAUCAAUAACAUCAUGCAUAGAUUCGAGACGACACAGCGUAGCUCAUCACAAGAUCACCAGAAUAUUCCCUCCUCGAUAUCUGACUUGAUCCCUUCGAGAAGUUCAACUGAGCUGCAGGGCGGGAGGAUGUAUCUUCUUCAUGUCCACCGAAGUGUUACAGAUUAUAUUGCUACACACCUUCGGAAGAAACAUUUCAUCGUUAAGGUGUCAGCUUGGAUACCUGGUCAGCUUUACAUGGUUGCAGACAGCCCUAAAACAAUCGCAGACUCGCUUCCUUCCUCACUCUACCUCGCCGUCAAGCAAUAUGUUCGUAUAUCGGAUGAGGAAUGUGAAGAGGUCGAGCGUUCUUACUGCAAGCUUCCCAGCCCGGCGUGGGUGAGGAUCAAGCAUGGCAAGUAUAAGGGCGACAUAGCCCAAGUCUUCGAUUCCAAUCUACCGAAUGAUUUCAUUGCGGUCUUGGUUCCGCCACGGGAUUUCCCAUACUCCAUGCCUCCAAGAUCUCGAUCCCUACUUGACCUAUCCCGUCUUCCGAACGGGAACACAGUUUCCAACAUCACUCAUGGCGAGAAAAAUGUAGGAUGCGAAUACAAAGGAGAAAGGUAUUAUAUGGGCCUCCUACUUCACAGCUUCCACCGCGAUCACCUAGAACAUGUUGUAUGUCCCCAUGCUGACGACAUUCAGCUCCAUUUACAAUCCGGGUGGGAACAAUCAUUCCUCAAGAGAACUGUGGUUGCGUUUUCGAUGCAGUUCUUGCAUGUAGGCGACUGCGCCAAAAUUGUUCAAGGAGAUCUUAGUUCAGAAAUCGGGAAGGUCACCUCAACCAACCAUCCUGCUGGUUCUGCCACCUUGGAAUUGAGCUUGAGUGGACAGCGAAAGGAAGUAGAGCUUCGACUGCAGGACAUAGAGCGCGUGUUUCGGAUUGGUGACAUGGUUCGAGUUGUAGCAGACCCAUACUUGGGUGUGGAAGGCCACAUUAUUCAGAUGGUAAAUGAUGUAUUUUGUCUUUGUCAAGACGUCUUGAAGGAAGAGGCGAGUGUCUCUUUCCACUUCAGCAUUUUGCAAAAUCAUCUAACACAACCUGUAGCACAACUACCAACGCAGCAACUUUUUAAGCCUCCUCCCGAUGUUGAAUCCAUCCAAAUGGGGGAUUACAUAGAAGUGCUUAUUGGGGAGCACAUAGGGAAGUGUGGCAUUGUGCGUUGGCUGCCCAAAGGAGCAGACAGUCUGUGGUUCCAGGAUGGAACAUUGAACAUUCCAGUUCCCAUUUCAUUCAUUCGGCGGACCCACCUCCCCCACCUCCAGACAUUGCAGUACACAAAAGACAGGGGUUACGAUGUGAAACCUGGAGAUGUUGUUGACGUUCCCAUCUCAUUUGUGGCAAAAGUACGCAACACCAACUUUGAUUCUUUCAAAAAGGAAAUCGGUCAAGAGGUAUUUAUCAUUGGAGGCGACCAUAAGGGCUACCGAGCCACACUGUACAGUGUCACCUCUGAGACUUGCACCGUUGCCGUGCAUGGGCAGCAGCGCAUCAAGAUCGAACUCAAGGACGUUGCAACCAGGUACAGAAUGAGGUUAAAUGGAUCGAUACUCGAAGGAACAGACAUGUUGUCUUUCUGCGAAAUGCGGAGAAGAUCGUAUUUGGCCGCACAACCUCGAAGUGUCACACCCCCACCCGAAAAGGUUCCUUCAUCGGUUGCCAUCACAGGCACCAGCACGUCAACAUCCAUGUGGACUGCCUGGACCUCCAGCCCCGAUGAUCAGACCGGUAAUCCUUUGCCCGGUGUCAAUCCCAACUCUUUGACUACCGAAUCCAACCCCUGGACUGUCAACGCCGACGAUACACUAGAUAGCAUUGAUGCUCGAACAGAGAAACUCAAAGAGGGCCCGCUAGCUUGGCUGAUGAAGAAGGAAUUUUCUUCCAAGCUCAACACACAUCACAUGAUGUUAAAAGUCUUACCCUCCUUCAUGGGAGGCAGGCUACACAACCGGUUUGUAUCGACAGCCUGUCCUGAUCCCUUCCUCGGUCUGAAUGGACCUGCUCCCGAUGGUUGUGUUGCAGUGUUUUGCUCAUCGAACAGUGCAGGCGCCGUGAUUCAGCACUAUCAUAUACCCGUCACAGAUCUGAGCCCAGCCCCUCCCCACAAAAAAAACCAACAGUGCCUUGUUCUGGACGGGAGUCAUCGCGGUUCCAUUUGUAAUGUAGCUAAGUGUAACCUUAAGAAGAACACUGUGGAUAUUGUAAUCGCUCCUUCGACUUCUAUUAAUCUGCGUUUCAAUCAAAUCUGUCUUGUAGAACAGGUAUGCACGACUACGUGA